AUUCGUUGGCAACAGCCUUAUUCGCCAGUUUGGAGACUACUGUACAUAUUUCACUUCAGCAUGGCUCGAUUACGGCGUGCUCCAGUCGAUGGCAGCGAGCCUUGCAGAAGCACGUGCGAAACAGACGUGACAGAUUCACCGCCCACGCGGCCAGCAAGACGGAAACCAGCAGCGAGAUACACGAUCCCGGAAGACUCAGAUGAGGAAGAACCUGUGACACGGAAGAAGAAACCAACAGCCCCAGGAGACCGCUCGAAAUCGGCCUCCCAGAUUCGACUUGCUCCUUUGCAAUCUUUGAGCAGCCUCAGCGACUUGACGAUACAGGAUGAUACACCGGAGAAGGCGAGGCGUAGAUCGCCUUUGAAGCAGGAGGCGCGGAGAAUGUUACAGAAGAAAUCUUCAAAGACGUCGAACCUGUUGGAAGAUGCACCCACAUCUACUCAGAUUUCUCUGGCAGCGCACAGCGAAUUGGAUCGCGAAGAAGAAUCGGCUGAAAGUGCGGACGACGUGGAUGAGGAAGUGGACGUCGAAGAGAGUAUUUGGUGUGGCUCAGAGCCCGAUGCAUCAGCAUCUGAGGAUGACUUGCCCAGUCCGAGUUCAUUUUUUCCAGCAAGGCGGAAGCAAGCAGAUCAGAAGCAGCCUGACUUGGCAAAGCAAUUGGAAGCACUUCGUAUUUUCGAUGCCGAUACCGAUGCACCCACGAAACGUCCCGCAGCGCGAAAUGACAGGUUGGUCUCAGCAAUACGCCCCGGCAGUUCCUCAGAUAAGGAGAAUCAAGAUGCAAUCAUCAAGUUCUCGCCACCUCGGUCUAAGAAGCCGAUGGUUGCGCGAGAACCAGACGAGCGACCAUCAACACCUCCUCUUCCACCGCCUUCGCCCACAAAGCUGAAGUCUCCUUCCAAGCGGCCACCACGCAUACCCACACCACCUGGUCGUCCGAGCCUAGACGCUUUCUGGACAGCAUCAGCAGUCAAUGACUGGAACGACCAGUACUCCCCACAGAAGCCCAUUCGGUCGCCGCGAAAGCUCUUCGAACCACAGACCAAACUCUUCGACGACACACCGAUAGCCUCACCCGCAAAACUCGCCAGCCCAACCAAACGCUCCAAAGCCGAACUUCAGGCCCGGAAAGACUGGGAAACCCGCAAAAUAUCUAUCGCCGAAUCCUUCCUUCAGGAGCUCGAUCAAACCAUCACCCAAGGCCGCAUCGCAGCACUGUCGGCCUCCACAGGUGGCGUCCAGAUAAUCUGGUCCAAAACUCUCAACAGCACCGCCGGACGCGCCAAUUGGCGCCGCGAAACAACAAAAUCCCACCCCUCCAGCACCAACAAAGACCCCACAAAACCAACAUCAACCACCACAACACACAAACACUUCGCCACAAUCGAACUCGCCUCCAAAGUCCUAACCUACUCUCCUCAAGCCGAAACUCAGCUCCUUAACGUCCUCGCUCACGAAUUCUGUCACUUGGCGAAUUUCAUGGUCUCAGGUAUAAAAGACCAACCACAUGGAGCGAGUUUCAAAACUUGGGGGAGGAAAUGUAGUCAAGCGUUCAAGGACAGAGGGAUUGAAGUCACCACGAAACAUAGUUAUGAGAUUGAGUAUAAGUAUGUUUGGAAGUGUGUGGAAGAGGAUGAGUGUGGGAUGGAGUUUAAGAGGCAUAGUAAGAGUAUUGAUCCGGAGAGGCAUCGGUGCGGGGGUUGUAAGGGGAACUUGGUGCAGGUUAAGCCUGUGCCACGAGGAGGUGCGGUAAAGGCGGCGGGUGGGAAGGUGGAGGGUGGUGAAGCUGGGCAGAAGAAGUCUGCGCCGCAAGUCAAUGGCUACGCGGCGUAUGUGAAGCAGCAUUUUGCUUCAUUGAAGAAGUCUUUGCCGCCUGGGACGAGUCAUAAGGAGGUUAUGGAGGCUUUGGGGAGACAGUACAGGGCUGAGAAAGCAGCAGCGGGAACCAAGACAGCGGAUUCUGGAGCUGUUCCUGCCGCAGACGAAGUGGCGGACAAGUUGGCAAGUGUCAAGCUGAACGUCAAAGAGAUCAUUGAGCUAGAGGAUUAACCGUAUCAUC